AUGGUGCAGCGGCGCUCCUCAAGGAUACUGGCCAACUGCACGGCCUUCUCUCUCUUCUACAGUACCACCUGGUACGCAAAGGAGAUGCUGGAGCUGUCUGGGCCUGCCCAGAGCCUCGUGGUGGCCCUAGGGGUGACGUGGUGCGCCUUCAUCGCCUUGCUGUUGCUGGACUACCUGGCGGACCUGGAGUGCACGGGAGAGCGCUUCGACCGGGCUCUGCGGCAGAUGGUAGCUCCGAUCUCCGUUUUCAUCGGAUUCGGCUGGAAGGGUGCCUUUGCCGCGGCGGGCACCACCCUGGUGCAGGAUAUCCACUUGUUCUCGCCGCCACUCGAGAACCUCUUGAUGACACUGAUUCUCUUGAGCUUCGUGCUUCCGGCUUGGAGGAUGUACAUCCUUCCAGUUGUGAUGUUGGAUGAACUCCGAUCCAUGAAGAAGAAGAAGGGACUGCUGCAGUAUAACAGAUCGGUGACUGGACUCGCGAUAGAAGAGUUGAUGGAUGCCCAAGCCAAGCACGCAUUUCACAAGUUGGAGAUUUGCUUGGAUUCAUCUAUCUUCGAGGGACAGAUGGAGGCCAACCUCCUCGAAUUGGAGCGGCUCGAAGAGAGCAUGCGUACCAAGCUGGCCAAGUUGAAGAGUCGCAACUCCGAGUCCGCCGACGGCUCUCAGAGCAACGGCAACGCCGUGGGCCUCGAGGAUGGCAAGGUGAACGUUGCUGCUGCGGUCGUUGAGAAGGACCAGGAGAAAGGACCCUGGAGCCUUUUGCAUUGA